CUAUAUGGAGGAGCUGGACGUGGAUUUGGAGGAGGUAGAGGAAGAAGAGCUGCGGAGAGGAUCCAGGUGAUGUUCACGCCGACCAUCUGCAAGGUGCGCUGCAGUCAGGGUCGCUGCGUCAACUCCUGCGAGCGAGGCAACGUGACCACGCUGUACAGCAGCGAGGCGGCACGAGGAAAAGGAGGCGAAGGAGGAGGAGGAGGAAGAGGAGGAGGAGAGGAAGAAGGACGGAGAGUCGAGUCCCAGAGUUCAGGCUUCAGAGUCUUCCUCUGUCCUCUGCUCUGUAAGAACGGCGGCAUCUGCCUGCAGAAAGAUCGCUGCCUCUGCCCGCCAAACUUCACCGGAAAGUUCUGCCAAAUCUCAGCUGCCGCCUCGCCCUCCUCCACCAAUGAGAUUGUCAAGCCUGUUCCUGCCUCCGCCCUGGGAGCCAAUGAGGAGCUGACACAGUCGGAGUUCCUCCUCCCCCUGCGGAGCCAAUCAACCGGACAGGAGCAGGAGGCGGGGCAGUCAGGCUCCAUGGUGAAGGUCCGGGUGCAGCACCCCCCUGAGGCCAGUGUGAAGAUCCACCAGGUGCUGAAGGUGUCGGGCUACAGUCCCACGCUCAGAGCGACCUCCUCCAGCUUGCGCUCCGCCGCCGUCAGGCAGUCGGCGGGCGCCCCGGCCCCCGGCGGCGGGACAGUCCAGGCCCAGAGGCUGACCGGUGACGGGACCUACAGCCAGCACUCUGGAUUCAAGUACUGCUUCAGGGAGGUUAAAGACGGCCAGUGCAGCUCUCCUCUGCCUGGCCUCAGGAGCAGGGAUACUUGCUGCCGAGGGAUUGGAAAAGCCUGGGGAAUCACUGAGUGUGUCCUCUGUCCCACUAACACAGGUCAAGGCAACAGUAGCUGCCCUGCGGGCUUUGACAGAGGCAGUGGAACAGAGUGUGUUGAUGUAAAUGAGUGCUUGCAGCCAGGGCUGUGUGAGAAUGGCAUCUGUGUGAACACCAGGGGGAGCUAUAGCUGUGUGUGUAGGGCAGGGUACAUCCUCGAUGCCUCACAUGGAAUCUGCAUCUCUCAGAGUGUGAUAUCAGAUGAGAAGAGUCAGUGUUACAGGGUUUUGGGUUCGGGUCGCGGCCCGUCCUCCUGCUCCCUGCCCAUCCUGAAGAACAUCACCAAGCAGAUCUGCUGCUGCAGCCGAGUGGGCAAGGCCUGGGGACCCGACUGCCAGAGGUGUCCUUACUUUGGCUCAGUGGCAUUUAAGGAGAUCUGUCCAGCCGGGCCUGGUUACCACUACUCAGCUUCAGCCCUGCAGUUCAGCCAGAGAGUCUCAGAGCAGCUGGGGAACGGAAGAGCUCCUGUUGUGAAUGAGAGUAACCAAGUUUCCAGCUCCAGCGGCGGCUCCUCCACCGGAGGACAGCCUGCAGGUGGAGCUUCUGUCGGCACUGACAGCUCGGUCUCUGUUCGAGGUUCAGCCGGCAGCAGCUCUGUCAACACCCACAGUGGAGCCGGCCAAUCAGCACGCGGCAGCUCGGUGACAUCACAGGCCAGUGGCUUGCCCCCCACCAGGCCUCAGCAGCCGGGGGGCGGCGGUGCCACUCCUGCCCAGAGUAAACCUCCGAGUCCAGGCAGGACCCAGCAGACCCCCGACACCUCCUGGCCCCGGGUGGAGACAACAGCAGCGAGGCCUCAGCCGCCCUCCACUGCAAGUCAAGCAGGAAGCGGCUCCUCCUCUCGGCAGGACCAGACGGCGGGUCGGGGCGACUCCCUGCCGGCUCCAGCCCAGCCAGAGAGCCCCGUCGCUGGGUCACGGCCCGGCGGAGCGUCGCCUCCUCUCCAGAGCAGACCGGCCGUCAGCCCGACGAGUCGUCCCACCCGAGUCCAGACCGCAGCACGCAGUGUGUGUGAGACCAGGCCUGGUGUGUGUGGACAUGGCCGCUGUGUGGACCAGCCAGAUGGAAAACACGUGUGUGUGUGUGAUCAGGGCUUCCAGCCCAACAGUCAGCGCACAUACUGCCAAGACGUGGAUGAGUGUGCGCGGUCUCCAGCUGUGUGUUCAGUAGGACGGUGUGUGAACAGUGUCGGCAGCUACAGGUGUGUGUGUCCGCCUGGAUACAGGAGCAACAGCCAGCAGACCGACUGUCAGGACGUCAACGAGUGUCUGCAGAAUCCCUGCGGCAACGGUCGCUGUGACAACACGCCCGGCAGCUUCAGGUGCAUCUGUCGCCAUGGUUACCGGCUACACGGCAACACCUGCACAGAUGUAGAUGAAUGUGCGGACCCCCUGCGGUGUCCAGGUCAGGAGUGUAUAAACAGCCAGGGCUCGUACAGAUGUGUCUCCUGUCAGCCUGGGUACGGACUGCUCAACGGGCUGUGUACAGAUAUCGAUGAGUGUCGGCAGGUUUCCUGCUCCAACGGUCGCUGUGAAAACUCUCCUGGCAGCUACCAGUGUGUCUGUCACCAUGGUUACAGGCUCCAGAACAACACCUGUGCAGAUGUGGACGAGUGUGCCGAGCCGUCUCAGUGUCCCGGUCAGAUGUGUGUCAACUCUGUGGGAUCGUACCGCUGUGUGUCCUGCCGCCCCGGAUACACACUUACCAACAGACAGUGCACCGAUGUGGAUGAGUGCAGUCGGUCUCCUUCAGUCUGUGGUAGAAACUCUGAGUGUGAAAACACAGUUGGCAGCUACAGGUGUCGCUGUGCACCAGGAUACAGGCUGCAGGACAACACCUGCACAGAUGUUAACGAGUGUGAGGGUGGGGCGUCCUGUCCAGGUCAGGAGUGUGUGAACACGGAGGGAUCAUACAGUUGUGUGGACUGUAAGGAGGGCUUCCACAGCGUGAACGGACAGUGUGAAGACGUCGACGAGUGUCGGCAGAGUCCCUGCAGCAACGCUCGCUGUGAAAACACCCCCGGCAGCUUUAAGUGUGUCUGUCACCAUGGUUACAAGCUGGACGGCAACACCUGCACAGAUGUAGAUGAGUGUGCGGAGCCGUCUCAGUGUCCAGACCAGCAGUGUGUUAACACCGUGGGCUCAUACCGCUGUGUGUCCUGUCAGCCCGGGUACAGCAGCAAGGACGGGACCUGCAAGGACGUAGAUGAGUGUGUGAGGGAGCGGGCGUGCGAGGCCCAGCGAGUGUGUGUUAACACUGUCGGCUCGUUCAGAUGCGACUGUCUGCCCGGAUAUCGCAGCUCUGGCCCGGGCAGACAGUGCAGAGACAUCAACGAGUGUUUGCAGGGCGAGUUCUGCUUCCCCAGAGGAGAGUGUGUGAACACGCAGGGCUCCUACAGGUGUGUGUGCGCGCAGGGAUUCACACUGAGCGACAACGGCACCGCCUGCCUCGAUGUGGAUGAGUGUGUGAGGCCAGGUGUGUGUGUGGACGGGCGCUGUGUGAACACUGACGGCUCCUUCCAGUGCCAAUGCCAAACCGGCUUCACCACCAACCCUGAGAAGACGGCCUGCCUCGAUGUGGAUGAGUGUGUGUCAUCCGGCGGUUCGGUUUGUGGCUCUCAGCGGUGUGAGAACACGAUUGGUUCAUACCGCUGCUUCACUUCCUGUCAGCCGGGCUACCGCGUCACAAACACCGGGGAGUGUGUUGAUAUCAACGAGUGUGCCAACAAGACGGUGUGUGGCGACCACGCCUUCUGCCAGAACCUGAUAGGAACCUACCAGUGUGUGUGUGACCAGGGCUACACCUCCACCGCCAACGGCAAGGGCUGCGUCGAUGUGGAUGAGUGUGUGUCAUCCGGCGGUUCGGUUUGUGGCUCUCAGCGGUGUGAGAACACGAUUGGUUCGUACCGCUGCUUCACUUCCUGUCAGCCGGGCUACCGCGUCACAAACACCGGGGAGUGUGUUGAUAUCAACGAGUGUGCCAACAAGACGGUGUGUGGCGACCACGCCUUCUGCCAGAACCUGAUAGGAACCUACCAGUGUGUGUGUGACCAGGGCUACACCUCCACCGCCAACGGCAAGGGCUGCGUCGAUGAGGAUGAGUGUGUGUCCAUGCAGGGUGUGUGUGGUUCGGCUCGUUGUGAGAACGUGGACGGAUCCUUCAUGUGCGAGUGUGACAGAGCGGGAGAGGAGUUUGACGCCAGGACGGGACAGUGUGUGAGCCCUGCACGACCAGGACGAGUCUUCCCCAGCACCUCCUCGUCCUCCUCUUCAUCCUCAUCUUCCUCCUCCUCAUCUUCGUCGUCAUCGUCAUCCUCCUCCUCCCCCUCCCAGCCCGGUGUGGGGGGUGCUGGAGGGGGGGUGUCGGUGCACUCCCCGCUCCCGGCGCCCCGUCCCGGCGAGCUGACGGAGUGUUACUACAACCUGGCGGAGCAGGGCGCCUGCAGCGUGCUCGCCACCAACAGCAGCCAGCAGGAGUGCUGCUGCACCGUGGGAGAGGCCUGGGGGCUGGGCUGCCAGUACCACGCCUGCCCCGCCACACACACCGCCGAGUUUCUGUCUCUGUGUCCCAGUGGGAGAGGAUACGUCACCACCGGACCAGGAGCCUUCAGCUACAGAGAUGUGGACGAGUGUAAGCGUUUCCAUCCGGAGGUGUGUAAGAACGGAGUGUGUGUCAACAACAUCCCAGGAUACACCUGCUACUGCUCCAGUGGAUACGUGUACGACAGCACACUGCUGGAGUGUGUCGAUCAUGACGAGUGUGAGGAGGACAGCUGUGUGGGCGGAGUGUGUGUCAACACCGUGGGCUCGUACUACUGCAGCUGUCAGCCGCCGCUGGUGCUGGACGACACACAGCGCAACUGUGUCAACUCCUCCCACCUCACCGUGGAUGAGAGUCUGUCCAUCUGCUGGCAGCAGGUCACAGCAGACCUGGUGUGUCAGAGUCCUCUGCUGGGAGCUCAGGUCACCUUCAGCGACUGCUGCUGCCUGUACGGAGAGGGCUGGGGGCUGCAGUGUGCCCUCUGCCCUGCCACUGACUCUGAGGAUUAUGCCAGAGUCUGCAGCUCGGUCUUACCUCCUCCUGCGUUUCCUGAAAGUUUCCCUGAGCCGUACGGAGCCGAGACCGGAGGGAGGCUGCCAGCUGGAGGAGGACGAGGUGGAGCAGGAGCUCCUCCCUACAGCGCCCCCUAUGGUCCAGACUACGACGACUUCCCUCCAGCAGGGGGCAGCAGGUCGGGCUUCAGAGGCACGACGCCCGAGGGAGGGUACAGGAGGACCGGAUACGGCGCCGGAGGUUACUACAGUGAAUCAGACUACAGCCCCCCUGACAGCACCCCCCCCAGGCUGCGACUGGCCGACCCCCGGUCUGAGAGGGCGUUCGGGGCCCGGCCUCCUCCUCCAUCCGUGCCCGAGGGCCUCCCGCUCAGCCUGGCCCCCCUGCCAGGAGCCCCGUACGAGGAGCAGGAGGAGGAAGAAGAGGAAGAGAGGCUGUGGAGAUCAGGACCACCGUUCCCUCCCUUCACUGACCGGAGAGGAGGAGGAGGAGGAGCAGGAGGAGGAGGAGGUGCAGCAGCAGCAGCAGGAGGAGGAGGAGGGCCACCACUCAGGGUGUAUGAGAGGCGUUACGACUCUUAUGCCAGCCUGAGCACAGCAGAGGAUUGUGGGAUACUACACGGCUGCGAGAACGGCAGGUGUAUUCGUGUCGCCGAGGGUUACACCUGUGACUGUUACCCAGGAUACGAACUGGACAUGACCUCCAUGACCUGCAUAGAUGUAAACGAGUGUGAGGACGGCAUCAGACUGGACUUCCCAUGCGUCAACGCCCGCUGCGUCAACACCGACGGCUCGUACCGCUGCGUCUGCAGGAGAGGAUACAUCAUGUCACGCAGACCCAACCACUGUGUGGCUGCAUAGACCGGACCGGGCCGGACAGGGCCGGACAAGGACCAGAUUAGAGCAGGGUGAACUAGACCAGACUAGGACUAGGUGAAAGUAGACUAAACUACACUGGGUGAGAGCACAAUAGACAAGGACUAGAUUAGACCAGACUAAACUGUACUGCGUCACAUUAGACUAGACUAACCUUGACAAAAGUGAAUUCGACAAGGACUAGACUAAAUUAUACAAACUAGACGGGGCAAAACAAAACUAAACUGGACUAGGUUAGGCUAGAUUAGACUGGACCGGCCUUGACUAUAACAGACUAAGAUGGAUUUGGCUAGAUUGCCCUGUGUUGCACUAAACUGGACUAGAAUGGUCUCUAGACUGAAUUAGACUAGAACAGACUAGGUUAGACAGGACUGCACUGAUGGGGCUAUAAUAGUCCAGACUGGGCUAGGUUAGACAGGACUACAUCAGACUGGACUUGAAUAGGCGAGGACUAGACUAGACUGGACUUUAGUAAGCAAGAUUUGAUGAAAACUAGACUAGACAGGACUAAACUGAAUUGGAUUAGACUAGAUUAGGCACUAUGAGUUCAAACUAGACUACACUGGAUUAGACUAGAUUACAGUAACCCUGACCACACUAUGUUCAACCAGAAUACAUUAAGCCUACCUUAGUCUAGUCUAGUUUUUUUAGCCUUUGCAGCCUGUUAGCCAAACAAAGUUAAAUUUACCUUUGAUUCAAACACUGUGUUGUCAUGUUUUGGUCAUGCUGAGUCUCUGUUAAUCUCUAAUCCAGAAUCCCAAAACUAAAACCUGAUUUACCCCAGUUACGUGGCAUUUGUCCUGCUAACCUUUUUUAGCCAGACAAGAUCCCAUUAGUUUAGCUAAGUCUAACAGAGGUCUUAUAUUAGUAUAGACAUGCCUUAAAUAAGAUUGGAAUAAACUUAGAUGUGCUACAGGUUAACAGCUUAACUUAGACCAGCUAUGCUACAUUUUAGACAAAAGUAAAGCUGAAACCAAGCUAGCCCUGUUUAGCCUUAAAGGGAAACUGUAACAUUUUCCCAACUUUCCCAGACUGAGACCAGAUGUUGGACACCAUUUUUCCCUCUGGACGUCCAGUGGUUCAGUUCCUAUGGGUAGCAUUUCCUGUUAGCUUAGCAUAAAGACUUGUAGUCUAUGGGAGUUGUUAGCCUGGCUCCGUCAACGGCUUGAUAUUAAAAAAAAAAAAAAGUUGAGUCUGUGAUAAACAGAAUCAUAAAUGUGUACAUUUCUAGUUCCACCAUCUAAUUUCUCCAGCAACCACUUUCAUUUUUUUUUUUUUAAUCCAAGUCUUUAAGCUAAGCGAACACAAAAUGAAACCAGGACGUACAGACGUGUACAUGGCAUUGAACAUCUCGUAUCACUCUUGGGAAGUUUGAACAGAACGUCAGAGUUUCCUCUCAGCAGAAACCAAGCCAGUGCAGUGGAAACCAGUCUGCCCAGUUUGGCUGUGGGACGGCAGCCCAGGUGGCUCCCAUCUGUGUGCUCUGACAUCCUGAUGACCUGCUCGCUGACACAGUAAUUAUAUUGUAUGUUGUUAAAGUUUGGAGGGUUUUCUGUAACCAGAGGAAAAUGUGCUGAGACCAUUUGAAGUGUUUUCAGUUGAACCAUGAAGAGAUCAAGUUGUUCUGCAGAGGCUGACCAGCAUCCCACAGCCACACACCGCGCCACACACCGCGCCACACACCGCGCCUGCCACCAGACAUGGUUUACUUCUCCUGCUCAUUUUGUCCUGAUAAACCAUCCACAGCCUGACUGAGGCUGACAAAUCAAGGAAGGAGGGAAAGAGAUGACAGCGACUGUGUUUACAUGGACUUCAGUUUCCUGGGUCUGAUCUGGUUUUGUGUUUGCACAUGUAAACAUCACAUCCAGAUUUCUGAAUCCUAGAUAAGCCCUUAUCCUGGUUUUGAGAACCAUGAUCAUGCCAGCUGGAGUUCUCUGAGAGAAACCGGAACGCUGCUGCCUGUUUACAGCUGUAACACCGCCAAGACUGUCAGUAGGCCUAGUGUGUAGACUGAGCACAAGCUGUCCUCAGGCAAGCUGUGUGUUUUAAGCCCAACUUUAUUCCACAUCUACUCCUUUUCAAAAACAUCUACAAGUCAGCCAGCUGCUUCCUCGAGCCCUCAGCCCCUCAACAGCAACGUCGCCUGGCGUUUUUAGGAGCACCUGUCAACCGUUCAGUCCACAGCACGCCGACAGAGAGCACUGUUACAUAGUCUAAGGAACAAUUUGGCCUCUGAAAGAAUAUUUGUGGUUUUCAUAAUUAUCCCAAGUCUUUGAAUAAAAAAUAACACAAAUAAGACAAAAUACAAAGAACUUUAGAAAUGGUGUUUUUUUUCUCCUUAAUGUAUAAAACACACUGAACCGAAACUGAGAUUGUGACCCAAAAACCGGCGUACAAACCCAGCCGCGGGUUUAUUGAACCGUUACACCCCUGAUGUUAGAGACAGUCUUAUUAAUUUGAGAAUUUACUGUCAGUUGUAGUUUGCUGCAGUAUUGAGUGUGUUGACGGGCAUUUUUAAAAUUAUUUAAGAAAAUUUAAAAAGUAUUGAUGUUUGCAAAAGUUCGUAAUAAAUGAAAAGCUAUUUUAUGUUUGGCAUUUUUUUCCCCUUGCUGUACCGAAAAUGAACUGUAGUGUGAUUUUCGUGUACCGUUACACCUGUAAUGCAAGGUCAGCAGCUCCACAGGAGUAUCAGAUUAAAGGUUUGUGUCUCUGUGUAAACGCCACUUCCUGAAUCUGAUCCAAACCGGGAUCAGCGUCAGAACCAGGAAGCUGUCCAUGUAAACCCAGUCGGUGUGGUGCAGAUGUUGGUGUAAUCUAGACUAAGGUUUGCUGCAGAGCUCAGGUGUGUAAGCAAUAUUUAUGGUGACGACGACCGAGACUUUUACCAGACGAUAAUCUGUUGUAGUGAGGCUGCCAUGUGAAGGACGCCAUCCUUCAGAGAAAGGAGGACAGCAUUCUUGAUUUUAGUUGUUUUAUCGUUUUGAAGCAAAAAAAAAGAAAACUGAUAUUAAUGUAGAUUAAUGCCUGCCUAAUCCAAAUCAAGUUCCACGGCUUCAGAGUCAGCGUAUCAUAAAAAACACACGCUAACGUUACCGUGCACAGCGCAUGCCGACGAACACGCUAACCUCCUCGCCGUCGCUUUGCGUUGUUUUAAAGUUCAAUAAAAAUAUGACAUGACUUUACUAAAACCAAACUGAGGAAACGUCAGCGAGCCUCCGGCUGCUGUUUCCUGACGUCUGACAGGCUUCAUCUGUUAAUUUAUGUUGUUGUGUUUUUUUUUUGUUUUUGUUUUUUUGUCAGUUAGCUUUUGUCGAUUUGAUCUGGUGACUUUUAUGGAAAUACUGAAUGUGACUUAUUUUUUUCAAACAAGUUAUGAAUCACUGAUGUGUCUGUACAUUUAUUCUCAAGGCAGACAGAUAAGAGCUUUUCUUUUUUCUCCAGAGCUUAAAAACUUUACACUUUCAAACGGAGACUAUAGCUUCACUCCUGAAUGUACCAGAUGCUGACAGAAGGCUCGACUGAUGAUUAGUGCCUGUAUCAUGUAAAUAAUAAUGACUAAAUUCUACAAAAUAAUCUUUUUAUACCAAAUGAAUGAAGCUGUUUCAGCUGGUAGAAAGGUUUGAUGUAGUUUCUGAUGGUUAACAUGCACUGUAUCUGCCAGAGACCAAGCUGGUGUGCUCACACACUUCAUUUUGUAAACAGUUCCUGUUUUUAAUUUUUGUAGUCUCUGGUACUUGUUAUAUUGUCCUUUUUUUGCUCAAUGAUUCUCUUUUUUUAUCAUAAUUGUUUGUAUGACAAAAAAUGAAAAUAUAUUUGCACACACUUUAUUGAAAAGUG